AGUUCCAAGCUGUUCCAAGCAGUUCAGGGCAGGUAAGGUAUCGAGGAAGCUUCGCCAAGAGAGACAGGAUUUCUCACGUGUGUGGCAAAUCUCGCGUAAUCAGUGAUAUCGUUCGAAUACGUCCUUGAGAUCCGCACUGGUUGCAAUGGAGAGUGGGAGGUUGGAUUUAGAGAGUGUGGAGGCGAACGGUAUCGCGAAAGAAACCGCAGUUGUUGCCACGUACAAGACGCUCCCAGACGACGACGUGAACAGGCAACCUAGUACAGAGAAUAACGUGAUGGGGAAACCGAAUAACGAGAAUGAAGUCGACGAUGGGGUCCAUGAAAAAAUGCUCAAAGAGGAGAGCAAAGUCUCUCCCACGAAAGAAGCGACAGAUAUGAUAAAAUUUAUUUCUGAGAAUGGAGAUGCCAAGAUCGAUAUUGAAACAGUCAAACAGGCCCUUUCGGGAAUGGGCAAGGAAGAGCUGAUGAAAUUUGCUAAUGACCCAUUCUGGGUUAAAUUGAGAUGGUUUUUGUUCAUCACGUUUUGGUUGAUUUGGCUUGCCAUGUUGGCUGGUGCUAUAGCUAUUGUGGCAAUGGCACCGAAAUGCUCUGCACCCAAACCAAAGGAAUGGUGGGAAACUAGUCCUAUAGUGCAGUUAGAUCCUGCUGAAACAGGCAGUCAUAACUUGAGAGAAAUGGGAUCUUUAUUGGAUACUUUAAAGGAACAAAAUGUGGAUGCUAUCUCUCUUGCUUCUGUAAUUAAAGAAAGUGCAACAGGUGGAGUAGAAGACUUCACAGAUAUUAAACCACAAUUGGGAACAAUAAGCGAUCUGGAAGCUGUCAUAGAGGCUGCAAAAUAUAAGAAACAGUAUAUUAUUUUAGAACUGGAUCCAGUGCAUACAUCAACUGAACAUUCAUGGUUCAAACAAUCUAUAGAAAGAAAAGAUCCAUUCACAUCCUACUAUGUUUGGGCAGAUGGAAAGACAGCUGAUGGUAGACGUAGUCCACCUAACAAUUGGCUAAGCUUGUAUGGUGGAUCUGCAUGGGAAUGGAACGAACAAAGAGGACAGUAUUAUCUUCAUCACUUCAAUAAAACUCAACCUAAAUUGAAUUACAAUAAUCCAGCAGUAAUUGCAGAAUUUGCUGACGUUUUAAAGCAUUGGCUGAAGAUAGGCGUCAGUGGUUUCCGUUUAGCCAAUACACAAUAUUUAACCGAAGAUCCACAACUCCACGAUGAGUUCAGGAGCACUAUUCCUACCGAAGCAGAUAAUUAUGAUUCGUUGGUACACGCCUAUACGAGAGGUCGUCCAGAAAAUGCUGCAGUCUUGUCUACAUGGCAAGAAACAGUUUAUAAUGAAACCACCAAUACUGGGUUGUUCGCCCUUCAAGAUGAUAUUGGAACUGAUAUCUUACAAGUUUACAAUGAAAAAAAGAAAUUGAUUGAUAUCCCACAAAGUUCUCAAUUCCUUAUUACUGCUAAUAGUAGCAUAAACGCUACAACUUUGCAUAAAGGUUUCUCGCAAUGGCUCAACUUUACUUCUUGGCCUGCUUGGGAUCUUAACGGUAAAAAGAGUAGCUUGAGGCAGAGAAUGCCUGGUGAUAUAGCAGAUAGUUUGACGCUAAUGACGCUACUUUUACCUGGUACUCCGGUAUUGAAGUUGAACGAUACUUUAUCUGCAAAAGAGGCAUUCGCAACUCUGGCUAAAUCGCGACACAGUUCGACGUUCCUUUAUGGGGAGACAUCGUUUAAGACUGUUAAUGGAAGUGUAUUUGUCUACACAAGGUUAAAGAGUGGCAAUCCUGGCUACCUGGUAGCAUACCAAACAGCGGAGGAGCCUACUGUAGUAGACUUGUCCAUGAUACCACAAAUUUCAGAAGAAGUUAGCGUAGUUGCACAUAGUCCUAACUAUGUACAAGAUGGUGAUACGAUAAGGACAAAGCUGCCCUCUAACAAGGUUCCUAUAUCAGCUAAGAGCACGGUCGUUCUAACGUUUGUGCCAAAGAAUUAAAUUAAUCGUAGCGUACGAAACAUUCUACUUAUUAAAAAUAAUCUCUCGUAUGUUAUCUCGAAUAAUGGCAUUUAUGUAUUAAAUGCAGUCAUGUAUUACUUUUGUGAACUGCAAGUGUGCACGUAUAAUUAAAUGUGAUGCAAGAA